UUUGCAUGCAUUGAAUAUUGGUCAAAUUGCAAGUGUGAAACAUAUCCCGACUCUUCUAGUUUUCUGGUGGAGGCAUGCAUAAGGCUGCUGGAGCAUGUCGACACAAAGGGCCUGUUCAGAAUUACUGGCUCUUUUGCCCACCUGAAAACACUGCAGAAAAAAUAAGAUUCUGAUGAGGAGUGCCUGUCCGCCUGUCUUCCUUGCCUGGUGAAGCAAUUCUUCAGGUAGUUGCCAGAACCUGCGCUACCCACCGAGAUGCAGGAGGCCUUCCUCAAGGCACAGCAUCUCCCCACCAAGAAGGGCCGCACCUGCGCCACCAUGCUGCUCUCUUGCGUCCUUCCCGGCAAAAACCAGAGUGUCAUGCGUCACUUCGCUGAGUUCCUGCAAAAAGUGUCCAAGAUGAGUGCAAAGAAUAAGAUGGACCGCAGUAACUUGUCGUUAAUCUUGGCUCCCACCCUCCUCCAGUCUGGCGGAGUUACAAAAAAGAUGAACAGCAAAACAGAGAAACGCCUCCAACUGGAGAGGGAUGUCCUUCACUCCUUCAUCGAGAAUGCCCAUAACAUUGGUAACAAUGCACAUCACUCAGCUGCUAGUCUUCACAGCCUCAGUCGUGUUGAGAUCUAAUUUCUUUGCUUUUGCUGCAUGUUACAGGAAAGCUGCCACAAAUGCUUGAAGAG